AGUUGGCUGGAAAGUUUCGACUGGAUAACAAAUCAGUUUAUAACCGUUUAUAUUGUUUUAGUUUAAGGAUUGUUAUUUUGGAUGAUAUAAUUUAAUUGGGUCAUAGAAUUCAAAGAGUUAUAGAAACAGCAUGUCUGCCAUGCAAGUUGUGGUGCUGUCACUACUGUUGAUUUGCUUGCUAACAGUUAUCGUAUCUGGCAGCAAAGUUCGAAACAGGCACCAACAACGUCAUAAAAAUCGAAGCAACGACGUCGGGCGAACAAAUUCUACUACACCAAAUUUGGACAGAUCUUCGGAAGAGUUUGACGUCACUGCCAGUGACGUCAGAAAUGCGGGUUCCACCUUCACAAAAAAGAGGCACAGGAAAGUCAAAAGGAAGAAGUUGAAUAAGAAAGAAGCUCGACACCGCGCUAGUGAGAGUGCAUGGCAUUAUUGUGCUGAUGGAAAAUAUCCGCAAGAGGUGAAGCUGUCAACUGAAAAUCAUGGAGUUAUGUGCGGGAAGGAAUACCCGACUCUAUCCUGCUGUUCACAACACGAUCUAACGAUGGAAUUAUUUGGAGCACGAUUAGUGGAGAACAUUCCAGAAGUAAACUGCGCAAAACUCCUAAUGAAGUUACGCUGUGCUCAUUGCUCACCAAGAAGCUGGUGGUUGUUUCAUGCCCCUGACAAGAUGACACCACCUCAUAAGCGCAUGGUGCCGAUCCUCUGCCCAAAGUUCUGCCGUCAGUUUCAUCAAGCUUGUAGAGAAACCGUUGCAGGUUUACAGAUGGAGAACUACUGCGACUAUCACACAACCGAUGAAGAAGGUCCUUGCUUCCCAGAUUACGAGGUUAGAAGAGGAACAAUCGAUUAAAUAAAACAUUCUGCGGUGUAUUCGUUUCACAAAAUGCACAGUUUUUCAGUUUCGUUUCUUUGAAGAGUCCAUUGUAAAUAGAAUUUCUUUUUCACAUGUAAAUUGUGUCUUCGUAUAAAUCAACAUCAUCCACGUCUUUAUCAAUCUCAGCUUGCAGCAGCCAAUCAACAUCGUCCUCUUCCUGGCCACGCCCACCGGUACUUGGUUUUGGCUGACGUCGCUUUUUUGACCUGAAAUAUUAUGUUUAAAUUGAAUAUUAUUGAAUUAAAUUCCCAAUUACUUAAACUUUUUUUUGACGAGCGGUUUUCUUUCAGAACUUGGCGCAGUUUUCUUGCUGUUCAGCAGUUUUCUUUUCUGCUGUACUCUUUUCUUCCAACUUUAUGUCCAUAAUAAACAAAACAGUGUUAGUA